AUGGCGCUGGCAGGGCUUCACAAAGUUGGUCUCCGCGCUAACACAAGUCCGCACACUAUAUUUUUUAUCUUCAGACGGGAGAGUGUCGGUGUCACUUUUUCCAUUAACGUGAGCAGCGCUCCCAAGAGCAGCGCCCUCAAGUGUAGCGCUCCCAAGAGCAGCGCUCCCAAGAGCAGCGCCCUCAAGUGUAGCGCUCCCAAGAGCAGCUCUCCCAAGAGCAGCGCUCCCAAGAGCAGCGCUCCCAAGAGCAGCGCUCCCAAGAGCAGCGCUCCCAAGAGCAGCGCUCCCAAGAGCAGCGCUCCCAAGAGCAGCGCCCCCAAGAGCAGCGCCCCCAAGAGCAGCGCCCUCAAGUGUAGCGCUCCCAAGAGCAGCGCUCCCAAGAGCAGCGCCCUCAAGUGUAGCGCCCCCAAGAGCAGCGCCCCCAAGAGCAGCGCCCUCAAGUGUAGCGCUCCCAAGAGCAGCGCCCUCAAGUGUAGCGCUCCCAAGAGCAGCGCCCUCAAGUGUAGCGCUCCCAAGAGCAGCGCUCCCAAGAGCAGCGCCCUCAAGUGUAGCGCUCCCAAGAGCAGCGCCCUCAAGUGUAGCGCCCCCAAGAGCAGCGCCCCCAAGAGCAGCGCCCUCAAGUGUAGCGCUCCCAAGAGCAGCGCCCUCAAGUGUAGCGCUCCCAAGAGCAGCGCUCCCAAGAGCAGCGCCCUCAAGUGUAGCGCUCCCAAGAGCAGCGCUCCCAAGAGCAGCGCCCUCAAGUGUAGCGCUCCCAAGAGCAGCGCUCCCAAGAGCAGCGCUCCCAAGAGCAGCGCUCCCAAGAGCAGCGCCCUCAAGUGUAGCGCCCUCAAGUGUAGCGCUCCCAAGAGCAGCGCUCCCAAGAGCAGCGCUCCCAAGAGCAGCGCUCCCAAGAGCAGCGCCCCCAAGAGCAGCGCCCCCAAGAGCAGCGCCCCCAAGAGCAGCGCCCUCAAGUGUAGCGCUCCCAAGAGCAGCGCCCUCAAGUGUAGCGCUCCCAAGAGCAGCGCCCUCAAGUGUAGCGCCCCCAAGAGCAGCGCCCCCAAGAGCAGCGCCCUCAAGUGUAGCGCUCCCAAGAGCAGCGCCCUCAAGUGUAGCGCUCCCAAGAGCAGCGCUCCCAAGAGCAGCGCCCUCAAGUGUAGCGCUCCCAAGAGCAGCGCCCUCAAGUGUAGCGCCCCCAAGAGCAGCGCCCCCAAGAGCAGCGCCCUCAAGUGUAGCGCUCCCAAGAGCAGCGCCCUCAAGUGUAGCGCUCCCAAGAGCAGCGCUCCCAAGAGCAGCGCUCCCAAGAGCAGCGCUCCCAAGAGCAGCGCCCCCAAGAGCAGCGCCCUCAAGUGUAGCGCUCCGCUACUACGGCCGUUCUCUUACCCAUCUUCAAAAAUACCCGGGCGAGGACGCAGA